AUGGCCUUUACCUCGUACGAAUGGCAUCAAGUCUGUGAGUGCAGCGACAGACGGCCCCGAUACCGCAAAUACACUGACAGCAUCAUCGGGAACAAGACUGGGCGAGUCAGGGGAGUCUGCAAUCACCAUCAGGGCGGCUUCUGCAGCACAUCAGCGCAAGAGUAG